AUUUUUAUGAACAGCUGGGUUUGUUUCGAAAGUCCAAUCCGGAAGUUCCGGAUGUUGUGUUGGGUGACUUGACAACGUGCCAACAGUCUGGAGACUCCAGCGGAGAGAAUGUGGCAUUUACGGCGAGGAGGGAAAAGCUGGAGGGUCGUCAGCCAGCGAAGUGUCGUACAAAGUCCCAAAGUCCUAAAACACGAACCAUUUUCAUCGUAAUUCUGCGCGGGGAUUAAAGUUGAAUGUUGAACGUCUCGAAGCUUAUAGUCCUGGAAUAAAAAGUCAAAGAAGAUCGACUUUUCUGGAAUCUCAACACAGUAAAUACUCUGCCAGCUCCUCCGAGUUCGGCUAAGUUUUGGGAUACUUGGCUAAAGAAGUCCUGACCACGUCGGCCCCCGGCUGACCCUGGAAAUAACAAAUCGAGACUGAACAGAAGAAAAGUCUGAGCAGGAAAUUCGGCAGCUUGUCUGUUUCCUGGCUGUCAGCUGAGCGUCAGACGGAGGAAGUCUCACCUGAGGCAGGUCCACGUCUCCGACGCUCAGCAUGAGACUCUGAGGCGGCAGCAGGAGGGACUUUUGAAUAAAGCUGGUUCAAACACGAGGAGGAGGAGGAGGAGGAGGAGGAGGAGGGAGCAUGGGGAAGGAGCAGGACCUGCUGCAGGCGGUGAAGAGUGGAGACCUGCUGUCCACUCAGAAGCUGCUGUCCAAACUGAAAACCAACAGGAACAAGUUGCUGGGCUCCACCAAGAGACUGAAUGUGAACUACCAGGACUCAGACGGGUUCUCAGCCCUCCAUCAUGCUGCUCUCACAGGGACCACAGAGCUGCUGUCUGCACUGCUGGAGGCUCAGGCCACCGUGGACGUCAAGGACAGCAACGGAAUGCGUCCGCUGCACUACGCCGCCUGGCAGGGAAAAGCUGAGUCUGUCCUGAUGCUGCUUCGCUCCGGGGCGUCCGUCAACGGCGUCUCUCUGGACGGACACAUCCCUCUGCACCUGGCGGCCCAGUACGGACACUACGAAGUGUCUGAGAUGCUGCUGCAGCAUCAGUCCAACCCCUGCCUGGUCAACAAGGCCAAGAAGACUCCCCUGGACCUGGCCUGUGAGUUUGGACGAGUCCAGGUGGCCCAGCUGCUGCUGAACAGUAACAUGGUCGUGGCGUUGCUGGAAGGAGAGAGGAAGGAGCCGACGGACUCGGCCUUCACCACGCCGCUGCACCUCGCCGCCCGCAACGGACACAAAGACAUCAUACGGCUGCUACUUAAGGCCGGCAUCGACAUAAACAGGACUACCAAGUCUGGAACCGCUCUGCAUGAAGCUUCUCUGUAUGGGAAGACCGAGGUGGUCCGACUGCUGCUCGAUGCCGGAGUGGACGUGAACAUCCGUAACACCUACAACCAGACGGCGCUGGACAUCGUCAACCAGUUCACCACGUCGCACGCCAGCAGGGACAUCAAGCAGCUGCUGCGAGACGCGACAGGUGUUCUGCAGGUCAGAGCUCUGAAGGACUACUGGAACCUCCACGACCCGACGGCCCUCAACAUCCGAGCAGGAGACGUCAUCAUGGUGUUGGAGCAGCAUGCGGACGGACGCUGGAAGGGCCACAUCCACGACACCCAGAGGGGGACGGACCGAGUCGGCUUCUUCCCUCCGUCCAUCGUGGAGGUCAUCAGCAGGAGAAACGGGGGCACCUUGUCCCGGCACGCCUCCUUGCCCACCCACCGCCAGCAGCUGCCGUCCAGAGCCCCCCUGUCCUCCAGUCUCAGCUCCGCCCCCCAGACCGACGACUCCUACACCCUGUACGCCUCCCCCACCCACAUGGUGCUGCCGUUAGCCAACGGCCUCACUGCCAACACAGGUUUGUCUCCGAGCCGCCUGUCUCAGUCUGAGUUUCCCUUUGAGGACAUCUGGGUUCUCAGGGACUCGUGUCAUGCUGGAGACAGGAACAGUGUCGGCAGCACCGGCAGCGUUGGCAGCACUCGCAGUGCUGGGAGCGGCCAGAGCACCGAGAGCAACAGCGCACCCAACGGACCCCAGCACAACACUGGUCACCACGACAACGCCAACAAGCUGGCGCCCUCUGCUGUUGAUUCUGGACAGUCAGACGUCAGCAUGCAGCCUGAUCAGCCUGCAGGGUCCUGCACAUCAGGUGGGACUCCCCGCAGGCCGACGGUGACGGUGCAGAGGGCCGCAGAGCAGAGUUUCUCCCAGCAGUUUGUUCGUCCUCAGCAGCUGCUGGAGGGGAAGGAUGCAGAGGCCAUCUAUCAGUGGCUGAGCGAGUUCCAGCUGGAGCAGUACACUGGGAACUUCAUCAGUGCUGGUUAUGAUGUUCCAACCAUCAGCAGGAUGACGCCUGAGGAUCUGACUGCCAUCGGAGUGACCAAACCAGGCCACCGCAAGAAAAUCUCCAUGGAGAUCAACAACCUGAAUAUGCCUGAGUGGCUGCCUGAGUACAUCCCAUCUGACCUGGGUGAGUGGCUCAACGCCAUCGGCCUCCCACAGUACCACAAAAAACUAUCAGAAAAUGGCUACGACUCCAUCAAUAUAGUCAAAGAUCUCACAUGGGAGGAUCUGCAGGAGAUCGGCAUCACCAAGCUGGGCCACCAGAAGAAGCUGAUGCUGGCAGUGAAGAAGCUGUGUGACAUCCAGAGGGCGAUCCUUCAGUCUGAAUCAGGCCAAGGCACUCUGCGUCGCAAAGCCCCUGGAGCUCUGCACCUGGUCACCAUUGAGCCACCUGACUCAGCAGGUGAAUGCUCUUCUCCUCACACUCCAAAGAUGCUGACCUUCCAGGACAGCGAGCUGAGCACUGAGCUGCAGACAGCCAUGACCAGCCACUACGGAGGCUGUGAGGAAGGUUUGGCCAUCAAAAACGCAGUGGGAAUGUCGCAGAGCCAGGAGAGCAUUGAUACCCGGUCCAGAGGCUCCGGACGCUCCCAGGAGCCUCCCACAGCUUCCAUAACCCCCCAUAGUUGGUCCCAGGAGAGCUUGGAUGGCAACGCUGCCAAGGAGAGAAACCUCCCUGAGGGCUGGGACCAGAAACCUCUACAGCAGCAGCCGCUGCCCAAGCAGGUGCCUUUGGGCACAGCAACAGUAUUUAAGUACCCGGCGAUCCCAGCCAAGCCCAAAAUGUCUGGAUCACGUGGUCCCUCACCUCAUGGCUCACCAGCGUUGAAGGGUUUCAGCUACCUGCAUUCACACUGUGGCUCCACAGAGCUGAGCUCAUCUCCCAGGCUUGAGGAUCACAAUAUGACCUUGACGCCACCCAAGAAGCGCACCCAGAGCAUGACCCGCUACGCUCUGUCGGACGGAGAGCCUGAUGAGGACGAUGAGGAGCCAGCUUGUCCUUCUGGAAACCUUUCAUCCUAUGCCACACUGACCCGCAAACCUGGUCGCAGCCAGCUGGGUCGAUUACAGUCAAGUCCAGAAAAGAACAGCAAUGUGGGACGCAGUCAGUCCUUUGCAGUGCGUGCUCGAAAAAAAGGUCCCCCUCCUCCUCCCCCGAAGAGACUGAGCUCAGUGAGCAGCACCACAAGUGGGGAGCUGAGUGACAGCAGCACCACGUCAUCUGCUGCUGGGGCGAUGACCGACAGUCCUGUGAGCGUGAGGAGCAUCGCGGCCUCUCUGGAAGGCAGGACAGAGGGGAAGAACCCUCCAGCGCCUAAACCAGACCAUGUCCAGCAGGAGCCGCCUACCCCCUCCCUCAACUCUGCAGGGCAGGAGCCUAGAGAGGCUUCAUUGGUGAGGAGGAGAGUGCAGAGCGAGUGUAUACCCACUCAGACCAGCAGCAGCACCGAGCCAGAUCGAGGGGUGAAGUCUGACUCUGAGGAGGAUGAAUCAAAAGGUCGUGGACUGGAGGGCUCUUCAUCCCCUCAGAACAGCUCCAGUGAGUGCAUCCCCUUUGCUGAGGAAGGCAACUUGACCAUCAAACAGAGACCCAAAGCUCCAGGGCCACCCAGGGCUGAGGCUGUGUUGGAGCCUCCAGAGAAACCAGCAGCCAAGAACUUGGAGGUGCCAGAGUUCAAUCUGAAGGAGUCAGACACGGUGAAGCGCCGACACAAACCCAAAGACAAGGAGCAAGGAGGAGGCUCCCCCAGCAGAGAGGGGGCGGGGACAGCUGGGUCAGAGUCAGACUGUGAGCCUCCAUCCCAGAGUCAGGAGGAGGUCAGUCUGAGGAUCAAGGAGAUCAGUUUGGAGAGGCCAGCCAGUCCGGCAACAGGGUCUCCCAUCAAACCUCCACUCUCCCCAAAACCUCCUGCUGUGGCCCCAAAACCUGUCCGCCACAGUCUGCUUGCAGCACAAGCAGCUGGACUCUCCUCUCCAUCCGUGACCGUCAGUGGGGUUCAAAGUGUGGCCUUUACCUGUCCAUCCUCUCCAGCUCAUGGGCCCCCAACUCCAGCAACAGCCUCGCCCCCUCAGAGUCCCUCUCUGACAGCAGCGAGGUCCCAGGUAUGUGUGAUGGGUGGGGGUCUUGUCCCCGAGUCGUCCUGCGGGACCGAGGUGGUUCAGCAGAGACUGGAUCAGACCAGCACGUCUCUUGAAGCAGCUCUGAGGGCCGUUGAGAGAAAACUGAACCUGGAGGACAACUCGUCACUCGACAGUGGAUCAAACACAGUGAAGUCUGCGAGGACCAUUCUGGACGACAUCGGAAACAUGUUUGACGACCUGGCCGACCAGCUGGACGCCAUGUUGGACUGAAGACUUUUCAUUUAAAAAAAAGUUCACCCUCAACCUCAGGAAGUGAAACAGUGAGAGAAAACGGGAGCGCCGGCAGAGGUUUCCCCACCGGUGAUUUAACCCUCUGCUCUGAUGGACGCAGUCAGAGUCAAACACUUGUCUUGUUUCUCCAGCACUUAGUUUCCACUGUGCUUCCUCAACGGGGUCCUGACACGAGGUCCAGACAACUGAAUCCGGUUACUGUAGGGAAGGAUGCCAUUUUUUAUUGACCUUCGUAACAUUUGUGUCGUCAUGUGUUAUCAUGAACCAAACAGAGACAAAUAUUGGACCAGUCUGUGAGGACAAACUACCCAGAAGAUUAUUAGGACGCUUGCUGUACAACUAAUGUUCUAACAUCAACUUUUAUCAUUUUAUAGAGAGUCAAAGUCCUGACAGCACUUCCUGUCCAGCAUCUGUCCCACUGUUAUGACGUGUCAAGUUCAAUUCUUGUUCUCUAGAUGCUUUACAGAGACCCAGAGCCUGAACCCCCGAGCAAGUAGACAGUGGCAAGGAAAAACUCCCUUUUAACAGGAAGAAACCCUGAGCAGGACCCGACUCACAAGGGAGAACCAUCCUGCUGAUAGUCGGCUGGGUGAAGGGGGGGAAGACGUUUAAGCCUGAAAAAAAUGACAGCAGUGUGUUAUUCAUCUGUAAUUAAUAAUAUAAUAUAUGUAAUAGUAAUUAUUCUCCCUUACUGAGUGUUUGGACUAAAAGCAGCACAGCAUUUAAAGAAACAAAAGACUUCAGGUGAGGCGAUAAAUUAAAUCCAGGAUGUCGAGCGAGUGGCCGCAGUAAAACGUUGGCACCGUGUGUUGUUCAGAUUACAUGUAUAUGAGCUGAUUUUCAUAUCCGGAGGAGGAGGAGCAAAGGUUGAUGAGACACCUGAGUACAACAACCGCCAGGUGAGAGAUGGCGGUUUGAGACCUGCCUAUUUUAGAACAAAACUCAAUGUGUGACGAAACAAACAACUUGCAGACAAAACGAACAAACAGCAAGUAAAGAAAUGAGAAGAGAAGAGAAAUUCAUCAGGUUUUAAGUUCCACUUGAAUGGAAGUUUGGUAAAAGCUGCUAAAAGGACGUCUGGACUGAGCGAUGACGACUGAACUCAGUGAGCAGAAGGUCACGUGUGAAUUGGGUCGUUACUCCUGAACGUUGAACUGUUUGAGGCCAAAAUGAACAAAGUGCACUUAAUGUCAUCAUCUUUAAAAUCAACAUCAAAUUGUUGUUCUUUGAGUGCAAAGUAAUUAAUUCCUAUAGCAGUCAGGGUGAACUUUGGUCGUCUUCCUGCUCGCUUGGUCUCGUCAGAACCACACGACAAACCGUCGACUUUUGUUUCACUGCUGGAUUUUCUGUGUUGAGAAAAAUGUGAUUUCGAUGAGCAUCAGGACUCGUCACGUCUGACCAUUUCACACUUCGCCUUUGUAAUAUAUAUUUUGUAAUGUGUUUUAUACCGAGUUAUUUUAACCCCGUGUCUUCCACUCGUGAAGCUACAGAAAACCUGUAAAAGCUGACAAAGGGAAGCGCGUUGAGCUCAGCGGAAGACGGCGUGCGAGAUGCAGAAUAUUUUUGUGAUUUUAGCCAAAUUAGUAUUUAAAUUAGAGUUAUCUAAAUAUGUAUAUUGUACACUUGAGGUAUACACAGGAGCAGAUAUUCAACCAAAGUAUUUGUACAGAUUUUGCUCAGAUGUUUUCACAUUUCCUUUAAGUAUCCUGGACUGUCCUCUUCCUGUUUGUGUGUUUCCUGCCUGCAUGUUGGAGCUCUUUGUGAACGCGUCAUGUGAUUUCAGUGUGAAUGAGAUGAUCCGUGUUGGUCUGUGGGGUCUCAUGUUCUGCUGCUCACGGCUGUGGAUGAUUUCAAAAGUAGAAUCAAAGACGUAUUAAGAUGUAAAAGCAGCUGUGGAGCACACAGCUAACAAGCUACGGCAGCUUAGCACAGCUGACUUUGAGGCAGAUGUGCAUGAAUUUAUGUUUUGGACCUACUGAAAGCUAAAAUCCCUCGAAAUGAAUUGAUUUCACUACAAAGGUUUUGGAUUUUAAUUCUCAUGUUAAAGUGGAAGGAAGCAGCUCAUUGGAGUUUAUUUCGUGGUUUGUUUGUAAUGAGGCAUUUUUGAUCCUCCGUAUGAGCAGCAGCAGCUUCAGCAACAGAUUUUCACAUUCCUGAACAAACGUGCGCGCGCUGUCUUUUAUUUUGCUAUUUCCUGUUGUUUUGGUCGUUUCUGUCCUCUCUGGAUGUAUUUGUUUAACCAUUAAAUAUCUACAGUGUUACUGCU